AGUCUCUGUUUCGUGAAUUAUUGUUCGCUUUAUUUUGUCGCCGUUUCGUAACAACUAAUAAGUACAAAGCGAAAGCGAUUGAUCUGUUUUCCUGGAUUGCAGUACGAUCAUCUACCUUGUGGUGAACAAAAAAACGUGCGAUAAAAAUAAAUAUAAAUACCAACAACCGAUUGCCUGCUCGCAUUACACAGUUAAUAUAACGGAAAGGUCGCGUCCGUCUACCGUUUGCGUUUUCUUCAAUAUUUUCUCACCGUCCGCAAGUCGACAUGUCGAGCAACGAGGAAAAAGCCAUCGCCCUGUUAACCGAAGCGGACAAGAAACUCAACUCGUCCAAAGGACUAUUUUCCUCGUUAUUCGGGAAUGUUUCUAAGGUAGAAGAUGCAAUUGAUUGUUAUCAACGUGCUGCAAAUUUAUUUAAGAUGGCAAAAAAAUGGUCACAAGCUGGUAGAGCAUUUAUUUUGGCUGCUGAUCUCAACUCUAAAUCGGGCCGUAAACAUGAUGCUGCUACAAAUUAUGUAGACUCUGCAAACUGCUUUAAAAAAACUGAUCCAAAUGAAGCGGCAACAUGUCUGGAAAAAGCUAUCGACAUCUAUACUGAUAUGGGCCGUUUUACGAUGGCUGCGAAACAACAUCAAAAUAUAGCGGAAAUGUAUGAGACUGAAGCUGUUGAUCUAGAACGUGCUAUAACCAACUAUGAAAAGGCCUCAGAUUAUUUUAUGGCUGAAGAAAGCAAGAGUUCUGCUAACAAAUGCAAACUUAAGGUGGCACAGUAUGCUGCACAACUGGAAGACUAUGACCGAGCCAUUCAGAUAUACGAAGAGGUUGCUGGGACAUCAUUGGACAGUUCUUUGUUGAAGUACAGCGCAAAAGAAUAUUACUUCCGAGCAGCUUUGUGUCAUUUGUGUGUUGACGUGCUUAAUGCUCAACUGGCCAUGAAUCAAUACACUGAACGAUACCCGGCAUUCCAAGAUAGUAGAGAAUACAAAUUACUACAGGUGUUGUUAAACCACAUUCAAGAACAAAAUGCUGAUGGUUUUACUGAAGCUGUUAAAGAUUACGAUUCCAUAUCACGGUUGGACCAAUGGUACACAACAAUACUAUUGCGCAUUAAGAAACUGGUAAAUGACACUCCAGAUUUGCGUUAAUUUUGUUUAUGAAUAAGUACAUAUUUUUAAAUUCCUUAAUUUAUAAAUUUACUCUCAUAGAAAGCAAAAAAAAAAAA